AUGUUAGCCAAGACCUGUCAACCCAGGGCCUCUGCAGGCAGCCAGUUUCCAGACUCGGGAAGAGUUAACCCCGCUGAGAAUCCGGCUCAGAGCCCGCCAGAUCAAGGCAAGGAGGAGGAGGAGGAGGGCCCAGAGUCAAGGGGGCUCGCCCCGGGCUCUCCAUGGGCAAAGGGGGCCCCUCCCCACGGCUGGCAGAAGCGCCUCUUUCCCGCCAGGCGCGCUGCCCCAGACAAGAGCGGCUGGGCGGGGCUUGCACGGAGGAGGCCGCCUCUCUCGGCCUGCCCGGCUCUCUCUCUGCAGAAGCAGCCGCCCUCCCUCCCUGGUUCCUGGGCCUGCCGCCUCCUCCUCCUCCUCCUCCGUAGAGACAGCCAGAAGGAGCCCUUUGAGGAGGUGGCCGUCCAUUUCACGGAGGAGGAGGAGGAGGAGUGGGCUCUGCCAGAUCCGGACCAAAGAGCCCUGCACAGCCAAGAGAUGGAGGAGAACGAUGGGAAUCCGGCCUCACUGGCCGGUGUCAGUUGUAAGAGGAAGAAUGAGGGGGAACCCAGCGGAGCAUUGCUGGGAGGUGCCAGAUGGAGAAAGAGGAAACAGCAGCGACAAAAACCAAGAGCAAAACGGAGGAACAGAAAUGGAUCAUCUGCUUCCCAGCGGGGAAUCCAAAGAAUGAUGCAGAAGGAGAUAGAAAGAAGCCAUUGCCCAGGAAGUAGGAAAGGUUUCCAUUCUGAAACAAGCUUUCAACCUCAGUGCGAAAUUCAGCCAGAGGAUAAAUUAUUUGAAUGCUUGGAGUAUGGAAAGAGUUUCAGUGCAAGAGGAAAACUAACUAGGCACCACAGAAUGCACACUGGGAAGAAACCACAUAAAUGCUUGGAGUGUGGAAAGAGCUUUAGAAGGUAUGAAUCUCUCACUUUGCACCAUAGAAUCCAUACUGGAGAGAAAGCACAUAAAUGCUUGAAGUGUGGAAAGUGCUUCAGCUUGAAAGGAAAUCUUGCUAGACAUUAUAGAACCCACACUGGGGAGAAACCAUAUAAAUGCUUGGAAUGUGGAAAGAGCUUCAGCAUGAAAGAAAAUCUUGUUACACAUUAUAGAACCCACACUGGGGAGAAACCACAUAAAUGCUUGGUGUGUGGGAAGAGAUUCAGUACGAAUGGAUAUCUCACUGUGCACCAUAGAAUCCAUACUGGGGAGAAACCACAUAAAUGCUUGGAGUGUGGAAAGAGCUUUAGCACAAGUGGACAUCUCACUGUGCACCACAGAACCCACUCUAGGGAUAAACCAUAUAAAUGCUUGGAGUGUGGAAAGAGCUUCAGCAUGAAAGGAAAUCUUGCUACCCAUUAUAGAACCCACACUGGAGAGAAACCACAUAAAUGCUUGGAGUGUGGAAAGAGUUUUAGCACGAGUGGAUAUCUCACUGUGCACCACAGGACCCACACUGGGGAUAAACCAUAUAAAUGCUUGAAAUGUGGAAAGAGCUUCAGCAUGAAAGGAAAUCUUUCUACCCAUUAUAGAACCCACACUGGAGAGAAACCACAUAAAUGCUUGGACUGUGGAAAGAGCUUUAGCACAAGUGGAUCUCUCACGGUUCACCAUAGAAUCCACACUGGGGAGAAACCACAUAAAUGCUUGGAGUGUGGAAAGAGCUUUAGCACAAUAGGAAAACUAACUAGUCAUUAUAGAAGCCAUACUGCGGAGAAACCACAUAAAUGCUUGGAGUGUGGAAAGAGCUUUAGUCUGAAAGGAAACCUUGCUAGCCAUUACAGAACCCACAGUGGGGAGAAACCACAUAAAUGCUUGGAGUGUGGAAAGAGCUUUAGCACAAGUGGACAUCUCACUGUGCACCACAGAAUCCACAGUGGGGAGAAACCACAUAAAUGCUUGGAGUGUGGAAAGAGCUUCAGCUGCAGUGGAAAUCUUACUGUUCACCAUAGAACCCACACUGGGGAGAAACCACAUAAAUGCUUGGAGUGUGGAAAGAGCUUCAGGACGAGUGGAGAACUCACUGUACACUAUAGAAUCCACACUGGGGAGAAACCACAUCAAUGCUUGGAGUGUGGAAAGAGCUUCAGCAGGAGUGGAGAACUCAUUGUGCACCAUAGAACCCACACUGGGGAGAAACCACAUAAAUGCUUGGAGUGUGGAAAGGGUUUUCGCACGAAUAGUGCUCUUACUCAGCAUCAUAGUACCCACACUAGGGAGAAACCACAUACAUGUUUGAAGUGUGGAAAGAGCUUCAGCAGGAGUGGAGAACUCACUGUGCACCAUAGAACCCACACUGGGGAGAAACCACAUAAAUGCUUGGAGUGUGGAAAAAGCUUCAGGAUGGGUGGAGAACUCACUGUGCAUCGUAGAACCCACACUGGGGAUAAACCACAUAAAUGCUUGCAGUGUGGAAAGAGCUUCAUCAGGAGUGGAGAACUCACUGUGCACCAUAGAACCCACACUGGGGAGAAACCACAUAAAUGCUUGGAGUGUGGAAAGAGCUUCAGCACGAGUGGAAAACUAACUAGGCAUCGUAGAAUGCACACUGGGGAGAAACCUCAUAAAUGCUUGGAGUGUGGAAAGAGCUUCAGCAUGAAAGAAAAUCUUGCUACACAUUAUAAAACCCACACUGGGGAGAAACCACAUAAAUGCUUGGAGUGUGGAAUGAGAUUCAGUACGAAUGGAGAGCUUAAGGUGCACCAUAGAACCCACACUGGGGAGAAACCAUAUAAAUGUUUGGAGUGUGGAAAGAGCUUCAGCCAGAGUGGAAACCUAACUAGUCAUCAUAAAACCCACACUGGGGAGAAACCACAUAAAUGCUUGGAGUGUGGAAAGAGCUUCAGGACGAGUGGAGAACUCACUGUGCAUCAUCGAACACACACUGGGGAGAAACCAUAUAAAUGUUUGGAGUGUGGAAAGAGCUUUAGCACAAUAGGAAAACUAACUAGUCAUCAUAGAAACCAUACCGGGGAGAAACCACAUAAAUGCUUGGAGUGUGGAAAGAGCUUCAGGAUGAGUGGAGAACUAACUGUGCAUCAUCGAACACACUCUGGGGAGAAACCACAUAAAUGCUUGGAGUGUGGAAAGAGCUUCAGCUGCAGUGGAAAUCUUACUGUUCACCAUAGAACCCACACUGGGGAGAAACCACAUACAUGCUUGGAGUGUGGAAAGAGUUUCAGGACGAGUGGACACCUUACUAGGCAUCAUACAACCCACACUGGGGAGAAACCACAUAAAUGCUUGGAGUGUGGAAAGAGUUUCAGGACGAGUGGACACCUUACUAGGCAUCAUACAACCCACACUGGGGAGAAACCACAUAAAUGCUUGGAGUGUGGAAAAAGCUUCAACAGGAGGGCAGACCUUACUACUCACCAAGAAACUCAUUCAGGGUAGAAACCAUAUGCAUGUUUGGCAUGUGGAAGAGCUUCAGUGUUGGAGCUAUGCUUCCUUCAGCAGUUUUUGUAGAUCUGUUUCUCUCUUUUACGAAUCAAUGUAUAUAUUUGGUUCAAACAAAUUGAUGUAUCUUGGUGUUUUAUGUCAUCUGCUUUCUUUUCAUUUUUUCUGAAUACACCUCGGUGUUCGUCUCUGGCAUGUGGACUCUGGGUGAAACAGGAGGAGGGCACACCAUCAUUUUCAAAGCAAAAAAUUUCCCUCACCAAGAUGAUCACAUACAAAGUUUGUCUCCUAGCCUUUCUAGAGAGGAGGGUAAGCAACCAAAUGCCUAACACUUUAGAGUCCUAACCCUCUAAAAUGUCUCUGUACAAAUGAAGAGUGAGUAAAUGAGACUUUGAUUUAC